UACGAACUUUUCUUCGAUCAACCUGCUUUUCUUCUUCGCAGGUAGGCGGCGCUACAGCAACUGGGUUGGCGGCUCUGCACAAUCUCGGAUGGACGGUUCCCGACGGCGGCGGCACCACAGGUAGACGACGGCGGCUGAGCGACCUGAAACGGCGCAGCUUCGAUAUGGCGAUGCGGCUCCUCCACGCGGCGGCGGCUCCUUCUGCCGCUGAUCCUGCGUGCGGCGGUCUAUACGCAAACGGCGGCGGAGAUCUGGGAGCUCGACGGCGGCAACACGCAGCAGCGACGUCAGCGAUCUUCCUCGCUGCGGUUCAAGACCCAGCGGCGAACUCGACGGCGACUGGGUCAGCGGCGAUUCUCAGCGGCUUCCCUUAUGCUCCCUCAGCCCUCCGGCGACUGCGCGAUCCCAAAAACCCUAGGUGACAACUCUCAAUUCGUGCUCGUGUUGAACAAGGCUCUGAUACCACUUGUUACUUGUUGGGAAUUAAACACACAACACACACAAAUAAUCUGCGAGAAACGAGAGAAACGGAACACAAAUGACACACAAGAAUUUAACGUGGUUCGGUUUUCCUA